AUGGCUCCCGUCGAUCGCGUGGACCACAAUGUCCUUGAGCAGCAGCUCAAGGACGUCAUUCAAGACCUCUACCAGAUCAUGGUUCAAGUAGCGACCUACGACUCUGUCGGCCGCCCAAGCAAAGAAGUCCUCUCCAACGAAAUAAAAACCCUCUCUCAGUCUCUCCGCACACUACACAUGUCGGCAUCGCCGCCCAACAACCUGCCAUCAGUACCGCCCGAACUCCUCGAGUACGUCGAGCACGGCCGAAAUCCAGACAUCUACACCCGUGAGUUCGUUGAGCUCGUUCGCCGCGGCAACCAGCUCAUGCGCGGCAAGCGCCACGCCUUCGAAGCCUUCCGUGACACACUCGCCGAGAACAUGACAACAGCCAUGCCUGAGCUGCGCGACGACGUCGCCCAGGUCGUCGAGGCCACCGGUGGUGUACCGCCUGGCAAGAAGACUGAACAAUGA